CAUUAAACCCUGAGGACUCCUGGGGCGCCAUGGCUCUUGACUGGAGGCCGGUACACUGCACAGUAGUGUCAGUCAUCACUGAGCUCUUGAAAUGGUCUGGGGAAGUGACUUUAAGCUUGUUGUGUCUCCUCUGCCCCACGCUGCGCUGCUUUCCAUACGGGGCGGGGUGCCGCUCAGUCCGGCGCACAGAGCAGUGCGCACCAUCACCAGCUGCUCUCCCUGCACCGUCUGCCCGUCUAACUGAACAACAUGGGUCUGGAAAAGGAGAAAUCGGACACCAGUAUAAUUAUGGACGAAGACGAGUUCAACAGAUCGAUAGAACCCAUUCUGUCGAAGAAGGGGAAGGUGUACACAGCGGUGCCGGACCGAGAUCCAAACGAUAUCAACGCUCACUUGAAGCUUGGUUUUGAAGAUGUCAUCGCGGAGCCCAUCUCCACGCACAGCUUCGACAGAGUGUGGAUAGGAAGCCACGCCGCCUUUGAGCUUGUCAAAUUCAUCUUUUACCGCCUGCUGACCACGCUGCUGGCCGUGCCCAUGGCUUUCAUCCUCGGAGUGGUCUUCGGCGUGCUCAGCUGCAUCCACAUCUGGUUGGUGAUGCCGGUAAUCCAGAGCUUCAUGAUGCUCUUACCAUCAGUCCAGGUGGUGUGGAGGAGUCUGACAGACAUGUUCAUAACACCACUCUUCCACAGUAUGGGAAAGACCCUGUCCUCCAUUCAAGUGAAGACCACCGAGAACUGAUGCAUGAAAUGUAGGACAGAUUGCAGUCAAAGAAAAAAAGAGUGGAUGAUGCUUGUAGUGGAAUACAUGAGCUCUUUAUAAAGUAAAAUAUGAAAUCCUGACGAGUCCUGCACAAAGUACCUAAAACUAUAAAUAAAUACAACUAUUUAAAAAUGAGGCUGUCUAAACAAUAAGCAUGAAUUUGAUCAUUUGCGGGGAAAAAACAUCUUUAAAGCUGGGAUACAUUUGAUGAAAAAGUUUUAUGGAUAUCUGUGUUACAUAUAAUCGAAUAUAUUUGGUGGUUUGGUUAGGACCUGAUAUAUAUUAAAGUAUAGUCAUUAAAUGCUGUUAAAACAACAGUCAUGCGUAAUGUAUGGCUGUUGUUUGAAAUCUAAAAAAAACCAUUACUUUUUAACCAAAUUAACUGCGGUUUUAGCCUAGAUGCCUUGAUGUAAUCUAACCUGCAAUUUAUGGUUUAUUAGUUACAUCACUAUAGGAAAUGGUUGUGAUACUAUUCGGGAUUUUAUGAAAAGCUCAUGUGCGCCACCCAAAAUGGAGUUGUUUUUCUGAUUGUGACCAAAAGAAAUUCUUGUCAUUCCAUUACUUUGUGGCUGAGAGAGCCGUGGAAUCAGUUGGAGGAGUGUAAUAUUGUUGUUAAGGCAAAUAUACUGCUGACUUGCUGAGAGAUGUAAUAUUUCUGCUUUUUUUAUACUAUAUUGUAUAUGUUGCAAAAUAAUUCAGCUAGAAGUUGAAUGUAAUGAACUGACUGAGAGUAGAUAGUCAGAGUACUUCUUAUGAAUAUUAAAUGCUAAGAUGCAGCUUGUUGAACAUUUUCAGGCACAUUUUACUGUAACUGCUGUGUUGAUUUCACAGUGCAUUGGCAACAAUAUUGGGCAUUUGCGUUUAUAUGGACCAAAGCUAUACGCAAUAUAGUUGUUUUAACAUGUUAUUGAACUAUGUCAAAAUCAGGAUUGGAAAUCAUCAGAGGGGUGGCUGUCUAAUUUAUUAUUUAUGCAACGACCAAUUCUUGAUUGGCAAACACAGACAUUUGGCAGUGGAGGACUUCACUUGUGUAACUAUAGUGUGGUGAAGGUGAACCACAUUUCGUACUGUGUUUGGUUGAAGCCUCGGUUGAGCUGAGACUCUGGUACAUACAUAUUUAAUUUGGAGGUGCUUGUUGUUUGCGACAGCACGGCUAGUUAGUGGACUGGGUUUUGGAAUACUUCUACACCCAGAAGGAAUCAGACAGCAACAUGAUUUUUACCUUUUUUGCUGUGGAUUUGAUAAAGUUGAGUUUUAGGUACAAACCUUGCACAGUUCCCACUUGCUAUGAGCUUUUCAAUCUAAAAUUUCGAAGGAGAUAUAGAGAGAAUCAAUGCAACAGUUAUGGAGCUGAGUGUCAGGUACAUACUUAUACUGAUUUGUGCAUUCUGGUGGGAUUUCAGCUUUUCUGCUGUGCACUUGAAUUUUGUCAUUACAAGUGCAAACCCACCUCUGAUGAACAGACGCAUACAACAUGUUAACAAACAUUUGCUUAUUUCCAUAUCCAGCAGGUUUGCCCUCUGACAAAGACACUGUAUGACGUGCUGUUUUGUUUCCAGCUGACAGCUGAAGGCAAGCAGUUCUGUCAGAGCUUUUUGAUCCUUUCACUGGUGUUAGACUGCUGACAAGCUGCCAGCCAAUAUGCUUGUGUUUAGUUUUUCAACUCUCAGAGGACAUUCAAGGUAGGGUUGUGCAAUAGUGGAAGACACAGGUGUGUGGCUAAAGCUUUUUCUCUCCUCAGCAGUACCAUGUAGCACUAAUCAACCUCAGCUCAGCCCAGCUAUUCUUCAAAAGUUAUAUACUACUUUUGUUUGUUUGCAUUUCAUUUUCUUAAUCAUUUUUAACUCUUGCUUUGUGGAUACACUCAUUUUGUAACUUUGGCUUUAACAAGCCAAAUGUGUUUUUCAUGACCAAAAUAAAAAACAUUUUUUCCUCAAGUAAA